AAGUUAGCCAUUGGGUCAUUGUGGGCUGUGUCCUUGUUCAUAGUCUGUCUUCCUUUCAUGGGAUUUGGCCUGUACUACGACACUAACGCCCCCACGCAUCGUCACAUGUGUGUUCGAUACCGCUUCGCCACCAAAACAGUGGACAUUGCCUACGCUUACUUCAUGUUCACCUUUGGCAUGGCCUUGUGUGUGGUCAUCGUCUUCUGUAACCUCACGGUGGUCACUGUUCUAACCAAGGUGGGGAACACAUCGAAGGGUCGCAUGGGACGAACAACCAUCUGUAAGAACAGUCGGGAGCUCUUCUUCAAUCAUACCACUCAGGAAGAAAUUUCUUUUGCAAAGUUAAUGGUGGUUCUCUGUGUGUUCUUCCUGUUCUGCUGGGUUCCACUGAUGUUGACAAUCAUAAUAGCUCAGAGGGAUUUGCAACGGAAACACAAGGUAUUCUACAGAGUAGCUGACAUAUGUAUGGCACUGAAUUUUAUUCUCGACCCAGUGAUCUACGUACUGUCAAGAAGACCACACAGACAAGAUUUAUGGAGCCUCUUGAAAUCCUUUUGUCUCUACUGUUUUCCACAAUUAAGAUGGGUGAAAAGUAGCGAUUCCAGAGCGUCUCAAAGGAACAGUAGCUUCCCAUGGAACAUUGAUAUGCCAGCCGCCAACCACUUGACGUGUCAUGAUGGCAUUCCUGAUCGCCCCGGCAACAGAGAGAAAGUCGAAGAAAAAGAGUUCAAGUCGAAGUUCCAUAGCAAUGAGUACAAUCAUCGACACCCAAGAGAGGACCAAACAGAGUGCGAAUUGGGUGUGAACUUGGCUAGGAGUCCAGUGGAACAUGGAUUCAGAAACUCAUCUUCAGGUUAUGAUCUUAUGUUUCAUGAGACCUUUGCAGUCCAGAUAAAGAUUCAAGAUGGACACAGGCUAUGUGUUCGUAUGUGGAGCCAUGAGAUGAAAGAAUGGUCAGAGAUUAGAAAAGGAAGGCGGCCAUGUUGUAAGGUCAACAGUUAUAGGGACUUUGCUAGUGAUGAAAAGAGCUCCUGUAGACCAGGUGUGACCGAAACAUCAAGUUAUUAACUUCUCCUGUUUUGUUCCCUCUCUGAACUCGCCUGUCUCAGGGACUUUAUUAGUAGUCAUUCAUCAGGAGUACACUAUACAAGAUACUCAGUUAUUUGUCACGAUAAAAUAAUUCAGAUUGUACUUUAAUUGUCCAUUCCCUUUUCUCAAUGGGUUCAGCUAGUCAGACGUAAUCAGAACCUGCCAGUUGUAUGACUUCACCUCUAAAUCAGAAUCUUCCCAGUUGGCGCUCCAUUAAAUCGCAACUACUGUUCAACUCAUAACAGUCUAACGUUUUAGUUCCUCAUCAUAAAUUGGAAUAAGCAUGUACCAAUAUGGAGUUAAUUCUUAUCAUUCACAUUCUACAAAUUCAGAUACCUGAAUCAUUCACCACCACCACAACCUGAAACUUAAGUGACUCACCAAUAGUUAAAAUGGACCAAUCUUGUCUUUACAGAACCCAACAUGCUAAGUACCUGAACCAUUCACCACCACUCAGGUCCUCACAGUCUGAAGCGUAACUUGCCAACCUUCAUUUGUCCUUAAUAUAGAAUCUACCAGUCUAUGUAUGUUAACUAUUCAUCACCAUCCACCAACUUCUUUUCAAUCUUAGCAUAUAAUUUACAUCCAACAGAUUUCGGUUCACUAUCCAGUUUCAACCCUUCUUCCACUGAAAUGUUCUCCAACUGACUACAAUAAGGAUGCUGUAACUGUUUUUUAGAUAGACUAAAUCAAUCUUAGCACUUUGUCCAUUGAAAUUUUAUCCAACUGACCACAAUAUGGAUGCUGUAACUGUCUUUUAGAUAGACUAAAUCAAUCUUAGCACCUCGUCCAUUGAAAUAUUAUUCAACUGACCACAAUAUGGAUGCUAUAACUGUUUUUUAGAUAGACUUACUCAAUCUCAGCACUUUGUCCAUUGAAAUUUUAUCCAAAUGACCACAAUAUGGAUGCUGUAACUAUCUUUUAGAUAGACUUACUCAAUCUCAGCACUUUGUCCAUUAAAAUAUUAUUCAACUGACCACAAUAUGGAUGCUGUAACUGUUUUUUAGAUAGACUAAAUCAAUCUUAGCACCUCGUCCAUUGAAAUUUUAUCAAAAUGACUACAAUAUGGAUGCUGUAACUGUCUUUUAGAUAGACUUACUCAAUCUCAGCUCUUCGUCCAAUAAAAUAUUAUCCAACUGACCACAAUCAGGAUAUUGUAAUUGUCAUUCAUAUAAACUUAAUCAAAUCCUCCUUUUGAGGGUUUCAAACAUUAACCAUCAGUUGGAAUAUUCUAGUAACUAACAUUCUACUUUACAAUUGAAAGGUCAUUGUUACCAAUGUGUCAUCUACUCAUAAUUUCCCUAACAGGAACGUGCUUUCUCUUCUGCUUAUAGGGGGCUUUAUUUCUUUGAAACAUUUAGCGAAACCCAGCCUUUCGUAUGAUUUGUUUAUUUCCAACUUAAACGUUUAACGGACACUUAGUUCUUGUGACCUUCAACUGUCCGUUACUUAUAUAUCAUUCUCCAUAAGAAGGGUUUUGAUAAACAAUAAGUGAGAACGUGUUUGGAUAUAUCCAAUUAAUCAUCUUCUGGUACACGCUCAAUAUUCCAAACUGUCAACCCAUGAAGACUAUCAAACGUAGAAAAGCUAAAGUAUCAGUAACAGGUUGAACAGGCUUUUUCUGCCUUAAUUAUUAUCCAAAAGUUUGUCGACCCAGAUAAAUCAAAGGGGUCCUUUUGGCAGGGAAUGGAAGUCCUCCUGAUGAUGACGUCACUCAAUUAUCCUAAUCUCUCAAAGUUCGUUAUCAGUCUUAUUUCAUUGCGAAGUGCUUUUGUAAUACAUGUCUCACUGUCUCAUUGUGCAGCAAUGAAUAAGUGUUAUUAUUGUAGAAAAGUUUGUAUUGUG